AUGACUUUAGAUGAAUUAGAAUCAUGCGAACAUCCAAAACAGAUUACGAAAACUUGUCGAGAAUUAGUGAAAUUUUUAUAUCCAGAUGUAAAUCAACGUUCUACAAUGAGUAUAUCAUCCAUGUCGAAAGAACAAGUUAAUGCUAUACGUGAAUAUGCACGGCUUGCCCAUCCAAAUCAAUCACAAACAUCGAAUUUUAUUUUGAAUAAUGCAAUUGGCAAUAUUUUCUCAUCAGAAAGACAUAAACAAAAAAAAGAGAAUGAAACGAAAAAAAAACACGAACUAAAACACGUUGAGCAGCAAGAAGAAAAAAUAUUUCGAUUUUUUUUCUUCAUGCAAAUGUGUUUAUCAUUAUAUAUAUACCAUAUGGAAAUUGUUUAUUUUGCUCAUAUUUGUUCUAUGUAG